UGGUAAAUGUCAUACUUUGUAUAUUUUACAAGGAUCCGUCUUACUGAAUUUAGAAUUUAUUUUUUUUUACAAAAUCACUGUUUACUGCAUAAAUAUGUCAACCGAUAAAGAGCAUAAUUUAAGUAUAACUUGGCACGAUAGUGCAUGGAUACCUGUACUAAAUGCAGGUAAUGUGUUAGACUACUUCAGUGAGAGGAGUAAUCCAUUCUAUGAUAGACAAUGUAACAACGAGAUUAUUAAAAUGCAGAGGCUUAGUCAGGACCAUCUUGUGAAUAUGACAGGUACAGAGUAUAUUGUCCUUCAUGUCCAAGAACCUAUCUUGUAUAUUAUACGGAAACAGUAUAGACACAGUCAACAACAUGUGACACCACAAGUUGACUAUUACAUUAUAGCAGGCACUGUGUACCAGGCCCCGGAUCUAGGCUCUGUCUUAAACUGCAGACUGGUUAACUCAGUGCAUAAUUUACAAUCAGCAUUUGAAGAAGCCCAGUCAUUCUCAAGGUACCAUCCAUCGAAAGGUUAUUGGUGGGAUUUUAACCAACAAGACCAUUCUGAAAAAGAUGAGAAGAAGAAGAAGAAAGAUGAACCAGGAUCUAUAUUUCAGAGACAGAGGGUAGAUUUACUGUUAGGAGAACUUGCCAAAAAAUUUCCACCAAAGUUUGUCGCACCAACUCAACCAGAGGCUAAAGCUGAAGAUGUCGUGAAAGUGGAACCAAAACAGGAUGUGAAACAUGAAAAACCAAGUACGGACAAACAGACAGACAGUACAGUGAAACCCCCACCAGAUAAGAGACAAAAGCUUGCUAGAUGAUGCCUUACAUUGAUAACAUAUUGUUAUUCAUUAAUUAUAUGUUUGGUGCAAUAUACUACUGAUAAAAUCCACGAGACACUAUCAAAGGGAGACAACUGCUGACAUAUUGACAUCAAAGGGAGAAAACUGCACAAUUGAAACUUUCAUCAAAGGGAGAAAACUGUUACUGGUUUAGUCUGUGUCCAGCAGAUGGAAUACUUUCUAAGUAAAAGUUAUGUGAUUCAUCAUUGAGAUAGUAUUGCAAGACUGCUCAUUUUAAACUCGACUUUUUUUUUUUGAAGAAUGGUAUUGUUUCUCAAAGUUUUAGAUACAUGUAUCAGGCAUGUUACAUGUAUGAACUUUUCCCUAGUUGCAAACCAAAAUCCAGUCUGUGUUAUGUUUCUCUGCUUGGACCAAAAAAUCAUUUUUCUCUACCACAAAAGUUCUAGGUUUGCAUAACCAAAUAUUGGACAUUUGCGGGAUUUUGCAUUUGAUUAGCAAAGUAUUUCAUAUACUUGUAGGGCACUUCUAUUUCACCUAAAACAAAAUGGUAUUAUGCAAUUGAGUUGUUUAAAGAUAUACUCUCAGACAUUUCAGAAAAACUUGCUUUAAGCAGACUUUACACCAAAUGUUUUGUUUUGUAAUUAUACCCCCGCACAACAAACUUGUAAGGGGGGUAUACUGGAAUCAGCUUGUCCGUCCGUCCGUCCGUCGGUUUUUUCUUGUCCGCCCAAUAACUUAAGAUUCCUUUGACCCUUAGUAUAUUUGGCAUGGAGGUUAGUCAUGAUUAGUAGAUGACCCCUAUUGAUUUUGAGGUCACUAGGUCAAAGGUCAAGGUCACAGUGGCCUUGACUUUAAAAAGCUUGUCCGCCCAAUAACUUAAGAUUCCUUUGACCUACAGUCGUCAUAUUUGGCGUGGAGGUUAGUCUUGAUUAGUAGAUGACCCCUAUUAAUUUUGAGGUCACCAGGUCAAAGGUCAAGGUCACAGGGGCCUUGACUUCAAAAAGCUUGUCCGCCCAAUAACUUAAGAUUCCUUUGACCCACAGUCUUCAUAUUUAACAUGGAGAUAAGUCAUGAUUAGUAGAUGACCCCUAUUCAUUUUGAGGUCACCAGGUCAAAGGUCAAGGUCACAGGGGCCUUGACUUCAAAAAGCUUGUCCGCCCAAUAACUUAAGAUUCCUUUGACCCAUAGUCUUCAUAUUUUGCAUUGAGGUUAGUCAUGAUUAGUAGAUGACCCCUUUUGAUUUUGAGGUCAAGGUCACAGGGGCCUUGACUUCAAAAAGCUUGUCCGCCCAAUAACUUAAGAUUCCUUUGACUCACAGUCUUCAUAUUUGGCAUUGAGGUUAGUCAUGAUUAGUAGAUGACCCCAAGUGACUUUGAGGUCACCAGGUCAAAGGUCAAGGUCACAGGGGCCUUGACUUCAAAAAACUUGUCUGCCCAAUAACUUAAGAUUCCUUUGACCGACAGUCUUCAUAUUUGGCAUGGAGGCUAGUCAUGAUAAGUAGAUGACCCCUAUUGAUUUUGAGGUCACCAGGUCAAAGGUCAAGGUCACAGGGGCCUUGACUUCAAAAAGCUUGUCCGCCCAAUAACUUAAGAUUCCUUUGACCCAUAGUCUUCAUAUUUGGUAUUGAGGUUAGUCAUGAUUAGUAGAUGACCCCUAUUGACUUUGAGCUCACCAGGUCAAAGGUCAAGAUCACAGGGGCCUUUACUUCAAAAAGCUUGUCCGCCCUAUAACUUUAGAUUCCUUUGACCGACAGUCUUCAUAUUUGGCAUGGAAGCUAGUCAUGAUAAGUAGAUGACCCCUAUUGACUUUGAGGUCACCAGGUCAAAGGUCAAGGUCACAGGGGCUUUGACUUCAAAAAGCUUGUCCGCCCAAUAACUUAAGAUUCCUUUGACCCACAGUUUUCAUAUUUGGAAUGGAGGUUAGUCAUGAUUAGUAGAUGACCCCUAUUGAUUUUGAGGUCACCAGGUCAAAGGUCAAGGUCACAGGGACUUUGACUUCAAAAAGUUUGUCCACCCAUUAACUUAAGAUUCCUUUGACCCACAGUCUUCAUAUUUGGCAUGGAUGUUGAUCAUGACUAUAAGGUGACCCCUAUUGAUUUUGAGGUCACUGGGUCAAA